CACGCGGUGGAGGAGUCCCUCUUCAACACCAUCCACUGCUGCCACCAGUAUGCAGCCCGGGAAGGGGACGUGGGGACCCUGUUCCUGGAGGAGCUGAAGGCCCUGCUCAUGGACAGUGUGCCCCGCUGCGUGGAGACCCUGGGCCGGAAGGAGCCAUACUACAUCGCAGAGCUGUUCCGGGCAGCAGACAAGAGCAAGGACAAGCAGAUCUGCUUGGACAAGUUCCUCUACAUCCUGGGCAAGCUGCUGAAGGACUGUCACCUGCGGUUCCACCGGCAGUUGUGUGCCCGUUACUCUGCCCAGCACAGCCUCUACUGGAGGGAGGGCAGGUGGAGCCUGUGCCUGGUGAGGUGGUCCCAGGAGAGGAGCCAAGCGGAGGACUCUGCUACGUGUCAGCGUGUGUGCAUGUAACGAACAAACUCUCGCACACGUAUUUCCGAGCAUUAUUUGGCACACGGUUCUGGGUGCUAGUCAGCCCAGGAGAAGUGGUCUCCACCCUGGAGAGUGUCCAUUUCCAGGAAGACCCAGUCUGGCUUCGGCUUUCACUCUGUGAGGAAGAGGGGGCUCUUGUCUCAGGCAAGGGACCCUCUUGACAAGGAAGCCAGGCCCCACCAGGGCUCACUGGCCGGCUGCACUGGACAUGGACCCCGAUUUCAAAGGUGUCCUGCCUCGGUGAGCCUCGGUGAGCUUGUACUGUAAGAGGGACUGGUCUGGGCCUGGAAAGCGGGGAGAGUCAUUUCCAAAGGAGGAAACAGCAGUGGGGACCGUGGAGCAUGUU